AAUAUUGACACAUGGUCCCCUCUAGAUUUGACUCGAUAGUCGAUACCAGGGAAAUUUUCUUUGAUAACCUUAAAAAAAAAGAUAAUAUUUCAAUUAAUAAUUUAUUAAUAAUUAUAUUAAAAUAUGAGUUGUAAAGCCACAGCAUUUUUACGAUAUCAAAUCCACAAAUUUCAUUACUCUCUUCGAAUACAAUCUUGUCAAAACUAUUCAACAAGUACAGCAGAAAAAAUUAUAAUUCCACCGCGAAUCGAACGUAACUCAACAGAUAUCUUACGAGCAUUAGCAUCUACAAUUAAAACAGAUCCAACAGCAGCACACUUUAAAUACCAUGACGAUCCAUAUCUCAUACCAAAAUCAAACAUGGGCAAACGAACAUUUGCUAUGGCACAAGAAGCUGGACGCAAAGCAGCCAUAUGGAUACGACAACAACAUCCAGAUUUGUUUCAACAGACUUUAUCCGAUCCACCAAUAAAAGCGUUUUUACCUCAACAAGUGUUUAAUGAACAGAGUACUGUAAACGAGGAUAUUUUAAAGGAAGUCAUCGAAAAUGUUCAAGUAUCCGAUGCAUGUACGGUUUAUAAUUUAUUAACUAGUCAAAAUGUAGAAAUUAGUCGUGAAACGAAACAAUCGUUACUUGAAUUGUUGUGUUUUUAUAAUUGUGAGGAUCCUUUGGGUGAAGAAUUCAUUGAAGAACGAUGGUUUUCACAGGAAAAUCGAGGAAAAGAACGUCAACGGAAAACUUGGAAGGAUAAUUCGUUGGCGGAACAAUUAUUUAUAUCACUGGAUCCACCAGAUUCCGCUUCAUAUUCAGCAAUAAUUCAAGGAAUGGCAAAAUAUUGUCAAGUUGAAAAGGCAUGGAAAUAUUUUGAAGAAUCACAAGCAAAAAAUAUUCCUAUCACUUGUGAAGCGUAUAAUAAUUUAAUACGCGUUGCAAAUUUUAUGCGUGAAGGUUACGAUUUACGUUGGAAACUUGUACAAGAGUUAUUAACAAAUAUGAAACAACAGGAAAUCCAACCAAAUUUGGAUACAUUAAAUGCUGUUUUGGAUACGAUUAGUAGUUUUGCAGGAGCAAAACAAGCAAAAAAUUACAUAUUGAGUACAUUAGCAGAAUUUAAAAAUUUAGGUGUAGAGCCAUCGUUAGCUUCAUGGUAUUACAUUCUUAGCACGCUAUGUCGUGAUCGUGGGGCUAAAAGUGGUGUUUUAUAUGAUAUAAUGAAUAAUAUUGAAAAUAAAGAGUUCCAAAUUCGUGAUAUUAAAGAUACAUCAUUCUUUGUGACUGCAAUGGAAGUUUGUCGUAAUCAUUUACAAGAUAUUGAUUUAGCAAGACGGGUAGAUCAAUUACUUCAUACUGGCAAUAAUUACGAUUUAAUCGGAGAUUCAUAUAAAGAAUCCGUUUAUUACCGUCACUAUUUUGCUUUAAUGUGUAAAACGGAACCAUUAGAAGUAUUUAUGGAGUUUUAUGAUCGUUUAGUACCAAAUAUUUACACUCCUGAACCUGGCGUUAUGAUUGAAGUUUUACGUGCAAUUGAACUAAACGGUGCCAUCGAGAUAUUACCACGUAUAUGGUCCGAUAUGAUUAUGUUUGAUCAUACCGAUCGUGAAAAUUUAUUAGUUCUAGUUUUAAGUAUAAUUGUACAAUUUGAGGGUAUCGUCGAAGAUUUAGAAAAACGUGUACAAUUAUUAAAUAUCACUUGGGAUAUUUAUACGCGCAUUAAUGAACAAUCUGAAACGAAAAAUAAUCGUAUUAAUUUCACUGGAGAAAUUCUUAGUAAUAUUUUAACAAUGUGUGUACGUGAAAAAGAUUUUGAAAAAGCUUCUGAAGUUAUUAAUAAAAUUGAGAAUGACACGAAUAUUAUUGGACAACCGAAUUUUACUGCAUUGGAAUCAUUUGUACAGUUAUGCAUUGAUGAAAAACAACCAACAAAAGCUAUUUCAGUGGUACAAUAUUGUGUGGAUGCUGGUUUUACUGAAGCUGGACUUUUAGCACGACAUAUUGUUCAAUCUAUGACGUUAGAUGAAAGUUAUGUUAAUCGAUUAAUUAACAUUGUUGGUAAAGAUGUUUUACAAAUUAGUCAAUCUGGAGUAGAAGGCGCUAAAAAAUCGGAAACUGUGUAACAUUUUUUAAAGAAUAAAUUAUUAGAGAUUUUUUA